GAACACUGCAUUGACAAACGUGUAGGUGACCUAGACUAUGCAUUCCUCUGUCAACGGCUAUUUACAGAAAUCUUGUAAAAGUGCCUAACAUGCAUCAUUUAUGUUUUGGAAUAAGUAUUUAGUCAUAUUUUAAAAUGAUUGGAGUUCAGUUAAAUUGAUCUUCACUGUAAAUUAUUUAAAAUCGUUGUUUUCUAGUCCUGAAUAUUGAACUACUUUGUGUAUUACGCGUAUGAAUAUAAGACGCGCAACUGGAAAUGUUAAUAUGUAAACAUGGAAUCGAAAGUGAUCGAAGCUCUUGGGAAAUACGACAGAACUUUAGAAAUAAGAGAAAAACAGCUUGCUGCUCUAUGUUUUCUGCUCAAUGGUGAUGAUGUGCUAUUGAAUGUACCAGUGGACUAUGGAAAGAGCCUAGUUUACCACAUAUUGCCGGAACUUUUAAAGACUGAGUCCAACACAACCCCGGUUGUUAUUGUUGUUUCCCCACUGAACAUUAUACAAAAAGACCAAUUGGCCACGCUAGCAGCUCAUAAUAUUCCAGCAUGUCGCUUGAAUAUCAAAACUAAGAUAGACGAGGCUUCAGAGGGAGGUCAAGUGUACGAGGUAGACUCUGAUGUUGGUUUGGACACGGUCAUCAAUGGCCAGUUUCAGAUAGUUUUUUGUCACCCAGAGGCUCUGCUGAAUACCAAAGAUGGCCAAAAUUUGCUGGAUAAUGACAGUUUCCGAAGCCAUGUUGUUGCUGUUGUAAUUGAUGAGUGUCAUCUGUUAGAGAAAUGGGGAGAGGAAUUCCGAAAGGCAUUUAAAAAGCUAGGCAGUCUCAAGGUUUUCUUUCCCAAUAUACUGUUUGCUGCAUUAAGUUGAACAUUAACAGCCGUGGAAAAGAAAGGGCUUCCUAAAAAGCUAAACAUGGAUAACUGUAAAUUAGUAGAGGCUAGUCCAGACCGAGAAAAUAUAUUCUUUACCAAGAUGAAGAAAACUUCUUCGAGAGAGGUUCUUGAGGAGUAUGAACAUGUGGUUUUACCCAUUUGUGACAAACUAUGUGAAUUGAAGGAAAAGUUCCCAGUGACCCUACUUUUUAUUCCAGUCUACUACAUGAGUGAAACUGUAAUGUACCUUAAAGAUGAAUUCUCAAAUAACAAUAUACAUGAUUCAUUGUAUAGUGCAAUCUGUGCUGGACAAGAUCAAUAUAUCAUUGACUACACUAUAGCGGAAUUGAGGAAACCAGAACCAAAAAUUCGAUUGGUUCUUACAUCAAUUGCAGGAAUUGGAUUUGACCCUUGAAAUGUUACGCAUGUUAUUCAUGCCUGUCCACCAAGAAACUUAUCUCAAUACUUGCAGGAGGUAGGAAGAGCUGGAAGGCAAGGUCAACCUUCCAAAGCCACUUUGCAUUACAGCAAUAGAGAUAUUGCCAGAAACCUUCCAGGAAUCCAAGACGAUAUCAUCAUGUAUUGCAACAAUACAACAGAGUGCCUUCGCAACAAGUUACUAGGAGAAUUUGGUUUCAAGAAAGAUGAUAAGAUUUGUGGAUGUUCAUGUUGCUCUGUUUGUUCAGUGACCUGCAGCUGUGAUGAAUGUGGAAAUAAUAAAACUAAAUAGUUCC